AUGAAGUUGUCUCCUCCAGAGCAACUCAACACACCUGAGCAUGGUGAACCUACGUGGCUUUACGAGCACCUCAACACACCCGAGCAUGGUGAACCUACGUGGCCUUACGAGCACCUCAACACACCUGAGUAUGGUGAACCUACAUGGCCUUACGAGCACCUCAACACACCUGAGCAUGGUGAACCUACGUGGCCUUACGAGCACCUCAACACACCUGAGUAUGGUGAACCUACGUGGCCUUACGAGCACCUCAACACACCCGAGUAUGGUGAACCUACGUGGCCUUACGAGCACCUCAACACACCCGAGUAUGGUGAACCUACGUGGCCUUACGAGCACCUCAACGCACCCGAGCAUGGUGAACCUACGUGGCCUUACGAGCACCUCAACACACCCGAGUAUGGUGAACCUACGUGGCCUUACGAGCACCUCAACGCACCCGAGCAUGGUGAACCUACGUGGCCUUACGAGCACCUCAACGCACCCGAGUAUGGUGAACCUACGUGGCCUUACGAGCACCUCAACGCACCCGAGCAUGGUGAACCUACGUGGCCUUACGAGCACCUCAACGCACCCGAGUAUGGUGAACCUACGUGGCUUUACGAACACCUCAACACACCCGAGUAUGGUGAACCUAUGUGGCUUUACGAACACCUCAACACACCUGAGCAUGGUGAACCUACGUGGCCUUACGAGCACCUCAACACACCUGAGCAUGGUGAACCUACGUGGCCUUACGAACACCUCAACACACCUGAGCAUGGUGAACCUACGUGGCUUUACGAACACCUCAACACACCUGAGCAUGGUGAACCUACGUGGCUUUACGAACACCUCAACACACCUGAGUAUGGUGAACCUACGUGGCCUUACGAACACCUCAACACACCCGAGUAUGGUGAACCUACGUGGCCUUACGAGCACCUCAACACACCUGAGUAUGGUGAACCUACGUGGCUUUACGAACACCUCAACACACCUGAGUAUGGUGAACCUACGUGGCUUUACGAACACCUCAACACACCUGAGUAUGGUGAACCUACGUGGCCUUACGAGCACCUCAACACACCUGAGUAUGGUGAACCUACGUGGCCUUACGAGCACCUCAACACACCUGAGUAUGGUGAACCUACGUGGCUUUAA